CAUGGAACGCGGUCUGAGGAUAUGAGUGACCCACGUGUCGGCUCCAUGGUUGCUGGUAGUUUCAUCCAUUUCGCCGGCACCGCCUGAGGGAACGGGCGGCUGGGGACAGUGGCCGGCUCCUGGGACCUCCAUCCCCCAAUGAGGCCGCUCCAUCCCCGUGGUGUUAGUGGUCGGCGAGGUCAGGAGUGCCGCCCGGGUACCUGCAUCAGGUUGAAGCUUUAAUGGGGAAUGACAAAAUUUCGCUUUCUUUUCUGCAAUGUCUGGACAGAACUGUUUUGGACCUCUUGUACUUUUGCAAGGAAGAAAAUUUAGGAUAAACAACACAUACUGAAUUUGCCACCUAGGUUGCCAGAAGAGGUUGUGAAGCCUAAGAGUGGAAGCACCCCAACUCUCCUCAUCAUUUCAGCAUGGCAAGCGAUGAGGAUGAUCCAAUUAUACAUGAGGUCGAUGUACACCUGGCCAAGAGUCUCGCGGAGAAACUGUACCUGUUCCAGUAUCCUGUGCGUCCAGCCACAAUGAAAUAUGAUGAUGUCACUCAUUUAUCAGCAAGAAUAAAACCUAAGCAACAGAAAGUUGAGCUGGAAAUGGCGAUUGAUACAGUGAGUCCCAACUACUGUCGGAGCAAAGGGGAACAGAUUGCGCUCAAUGUUGAUGGGACCUGUACUGAUGACUCUGGAAGUACCUAUGCAACCAAACUCAUGGACAAACAGAUCUUCUCAUCCAUUCAAUCUGCUGUCAACACCUCCCGAUACGCUGCUGCAAUCUACAGGAAAGGAGAGCUACACAUCACUCCGUUACAUGGAAUACUACAGCUGAGACCAAGUUUCUCCUACCUGGAUAAAGCAGAUGCAAAACACAGGGAGAGAGAAGCUGCAAAUGAAGCUGGUGACUCUUCUCAGGAUGAGGCUGAAGAUGACGUUAAGCAGAUCACUGUUCGUUUCUCACGUCCGGAGAGUGAGCAAGCUCGACAGCGUCGUAUCCAGUCUUACGAGUUCCUGCAGAAGAAACAGGCAGAAGAGCCCUGGUAUCACCUCCAUUACUGUGGUGUGAAGGACAGCCGGUCUGAGCACGAGCGGCAAUAUCUUUUCAGUCAGCUGGCUGGCAUGUUGGAGACAACCGAGUUAACUAAAUCCCCAAGUGAAUAUUUGUCCAUGUUGAUGCCUCUGGUUGAAGAAGAGGAAUCGAAGGUCCCUCUGGCCCCCAGUAAUGUGCUGUCAAUGGCUCAGCUACGAACUCUUCCCCUCGCAGAUCAAGUCAGGACGCUGAUGAAGAAUGUGAAAGUUGUACAGUUUGCAAAUCUGAUGGGCCUUCUAGGAUCAGGAGUUGAUUCCACAGCAGUCCUACGCUGUAUUCAGCAAGUGGCCAUGUUGGUUCAGGGUUGCUGGGUCGUUAAAAGUGAUGUGUUGUAUCCGAAAGAUAGUUGCAGCCCGCACAGUGGAGUUGCAGCUGAAGUGCUGUGUAGAGGAAGGGACUUUGUUAUGUGGAAGUUUACACAAGAUCUGUGGGUCAUACGAAAAGAAGUAGCUGCUGUGAUCAAGCUCCCCCCUGAAGAUGUGAAGGACUUUCUGGAGCAAAUGGCAGUUCCACGUAUCAACAAGGGCUGGGAGUUCCUGCUUCCCCCUGACGCAGAAUUUGCGAAGAAGCAUCCAGAUGUUGUCCAGAGGCAGUACAUGCUUUGGAUGGGGAUUCAGGCCAAAUUAGAGAAAGUGUACAAUCUCUCCAAGGAAGAUGUGAUGCCAAAGAAACCCACCUCUCAAGCAGCAGCUUUGCCAGUGGUGGUGUCUGGGGAGAGGAGGGUGGCCGUGGCCAAAGGGAGAGCACAAGAUAAUCAGACCAUCCUGGAGAACAACUACCAACGCCGAAAGUCUUCCCACGUGGCAGGCACACAAGCUCCCGGGGGCACCCCCCUUCCUAUCAAGAUCAAAGAAGAGCCACUGAGUGAGGAGGAGCCUAUGGACACAACCUCAGGGCUGGGGAGCGAGGCAGCCAAUGGGGUCCACUCAGACGAGAGCUCUCGCGACUCAGCAGAUUUGCCUGUUGAGAGCCGAGGGGCUCGGAGUGAAGUUGUAGCUGCGGAGCUAAAAAAAUUUGUGCAAGGAACUCUCAGGAAACACUAUGUACUCAGUCUAAGUGAGCUGAAACGACUGUUUAACCUGCACUUGGCCAGUCUGCCUCCUGGCCAUAUUUUAUUCAGUGGCAUUUCAGACCGAAUGUUACAGGAGACACUUUUGGACUGUGGAUGCAAACAGAUCUUGGUGCCUUUCCCUCCACAGACAACUGCUUCAGCUGACGAACAGAAGGUGUUUGCACUAUGGGAAGCUGGGGACUCCUUUGAUCAGCAUCGGCAGAUACUCCUUGAAAUUUUUUCAAAAAAUUAUCGUGUGCGUAGGAAUGUCAUCCAGUCUAAACUGGGCCAAGAUUUUGGAGAAAGUCUCAGCAAACCAGAUGUGGAUAAAGUGCUGAAGGACUGCUGUGCAAGUCAUGGUGGAAUGUGGUAUCUUAAAGGGACCCUGCCUUCUUGACAACUGCAGAAUGCUCUGUUCCUACACGAUGACUGUCUUUCGGUUCAGGGCAAUGAGAUGAUGAAUGAAGGUGGAACGCUGGCAUCGCUCCAGAGAUGGGAUAACAGACAAUCAUACCAUACAACACUCAAGCCUUUGACCAUUCAUUGGAACUCAAUGAGAGCCCGAUGAAGUGAUACAUCUACCUAUGUAGGUAAUAAGACCCUAAUUAAUGUUUGCAGCUUAGCAAAUCUGACCUGGAUUUAUUGCUUUUAAUUCCAUAUACAAAAUAAAGUUUUGAUUGGUUCUCAAUAUUCAUUCUCUGCCUCCAGUCAUGAGGAAUCAUGGAAUACAGUUUCAUUUCUUCUGUCAUUUGAAAUCACCUUUAACCCCUGACCUCCUAAAUGCGCUUAAGUUUAUUCCACAGGGUAAGCAAACCAAAGGCUCUGGUUCUGUUCAUUAAAAGAUCAUCUCUUAAAAAGCAAAAUCUAAACUGUUUCAUUAAUAAAAGCUGUAAACUGGCAAUUUCGUAACAUCGUGGAGUGAAAGAGAUUCACCUUAUCUGUUGAAUGUUUUAAUUUGGCAUUUUGCAGUUUUAAUACCAGUGAAUUGUACUGAAUUCCUUUGGUUCCAAGUUACCUUUUUUUGUGUAGCAUAUUAGUGUUUUUUUAAAUUAUAUUCCACAUUGAAAGUCAUUUUGCAGGUGAGAAGUGUAGCACUUGUUCAGUUGCUGCACAGAGAUGAACUCUGUAAAUAAAAUGUUUAAACCAUGGGGUUGCUAUGCCUUUUUAUUUGUGAAGUUUUGUAAGUCUAAACUUUGUGUGUGUGUGUGUAAUGUAUAUUUUCUGCUGUGUAUUGAUCUGCCUGGGAAAUGUAGAAAAGUUCAUGGACUAAGUGUCCGUGCUGCUUCUGUUGGAGAGUGCCUGUUUUAUUACAUACAUUGUUGAUAAAUUUCAAAAUUUUAUUUGCUCCUGUUUGUCACCUAUAAAGUCUGAAACCGUUCCUUGAACCCUUUGUUUCUCAGUUGUUUACUGCAGUCAGUCACAUUUCCCCUGUUUUUUUGUGAUGUCUGACUGUUGCUGACAAAGCCUGAUUGGAUUGUGAUUAAUAACUACUGUUUAUUACAUUGACUAAAUGUAAAUCACUUCUGUAUAAGGUAAAAGAUGUUUGUUUUGUUACUGUUAAACUGCCUUUGUUUAUUCCACCCCACUGCAUUUUAAUGUACCCAGGUGUGGCAGAGCUACAAUCAUGGUGGGACAUAUGAUCUCUUAAGCCUGUGUUGCCAAUCAAUGCUAUUGCAGUUGUUCUAUUCCUUCUCAUCCUUUGUCAAAUAUUGUCAGUUUAGAGAGAGAUGAAUGUGCAUGUUGUUGUGUAUUCACUGCUUUCUGGGAUAUUGAAUUCAAAAGAUUCUCCUCCCUUUUUGUAGUGGGGAGGUCUGUCCCUUAGAAACUGUGACCACGAGUGUUGGUUGCUCUGCCCAGAGGGAACAACGCCACGUACUCCCUCAAACCUAGUAAAUGAAUGUUACUUGAACAAGAUUGUAAUCCUCACCAGGCAUAUGAAAAAUCAAACCUCUGUUGGUUUUCACAUAGAUUGAUAUCCCAGCAGGCUUGUGUGAGGGGAGAGAGAAAAGAACUGAUUUUAUUUUCCUAUUCAUAAACGUAAGCUGAUAGCAGUAGGCUACUAAUCCAUUUGUUUUUAUUCCAAAAAAAUUCUGAAACUGAGAUCGAUGUACCUCUAUCCAGAGAUCUAAACCCCUAUCCUGUACUUAAUGUUAAAAAAGGUUCUUAGUGCUUUAAUAUAUCCUCACUUGAGAUUUUACUGAUGAGGAAAAAGAUAGAUUGAUGUGAUUUGAAACUUCAGUUGCUCAUGGAUUAAAGGGCUGACGUGAACAGGGUGCAAAUAUGCACAAAGUGCAGAAACAGAUAUCGAUAAACCCAGGUUGUUUUCUUUGGCUUAGAACUAUAUAUGGAUCUGGUAGAGUUAAAUGUAAACUUGUGUUCAGUUGAACAGGAGUCUUUGUUUCAGUUGCUAUCAGAUGAUGGUGAAUUUUGAUUUAUUCUGUACAGCACAAUGUGCUGGAACACAUUAUGAUCAGCUGAUGAUCUCACUUUAUGAAAUCAACAUGGUUUUAUAUUGCUUCACAAUGACAUGUGCAACUUACUAUUAAAAUAUAGACAACCUA